AUGCCUAGCAAAGCCACUCAACAGAGUAAGCUCGCUGACAUAUCAGCAAGUCUGGAAGGCUCAGCUGCAGGCACGCGGAAGAAUGCCAUAGAUGAUUCCGAACAUGGAAGCCCAAUGUCUGCUAAUACACAGCAGCCAACUGCUGCCAGCUCGUCGGCUUCCAGACCUGCGAAUCAACGUUCGCCUUCUGCUACUUUCCGCAAGGCUGCGGCUUCCCAUCUAGGCCAAAUGGAAACAUCUAUAUGGGACUGGGACACGCCACUCGAGUCUGUCGGAGAGUCUACCUCGUACUAUUACGAGCCCCAAGGUGAACUACUUCAAGACCAUACACCACGGGACAAAACCUCGGAAUUCACCAUACCUACGGUCGUUGGCCCUCAGGAUAGCGACCCCGGCGAGGAGAAAGACGGGUUCCUUGUGCCUGGACGCCUUACAGGAAGGGUCGCCACCGUGGCUGGCUCGAAAAGGAAGUCUACAGGAGAGGACGACUCCAUAGGAUUGACACAGCACUCGGCGCAGAAGAGAUUGUCAAGAAAUAUGACCGAAGACUCCGAGAUCAUCACUCCAGGAUCUGUUAACCCAGGUCCGGCCCACACAGCAAGAUCACACAGUGCAGCGGCAUCACGCAGCAUUCCAGGCAAUGCAGAAGCGAGGCCGCGUCCCGUUCCUAGUCCUUCACAGUCUGGGAGAGGCGUCCCUCCGGCUCCGACGAGGGGCCAGUCGGAGGCUGCGACAGUGGUCGCCUUACCUGCACGGAAAGUCUUCCCGAUCCAGAUUGGUGAUAAGCUGUUUCGUCUGUCAGGAGCCUCGAUAUCAUCAGAUGCUCCCUCUUACUUCUCACAAUUCUUCGAAGAACAACUACGGCAGAACGAAGGUGCAGAGACAUUGCGAACCCUUUACAUCGACCGCGACCCUGCGACCUUCGAGGAUAUAUCGCUACAUCUGCAGGGAUAUCACAUCGAGCCCAAGGACGGCCCUCACUUUGUUAGACUGUUCGCAGAUGCACAGUUCUUCAGCCUACCACGUUUGACAGCACAACUUUUCGCUUCCCCCAUAUACAUUCGGAUCGGCGAUAGUGAAUUCCAGAUCCCUCGAGAUCUGUUCAACAAUCCAGGAGAUUCACCAAACUACUUUUCGCUCGGCUUCUCAAUCUUUUUCACCACCCCCACAGAUGUCUUUCCCGGCUUGAAUAAGAGAACAUUGCUGCGACCGCCUUCUAUCUUGCCACCAAGUGUACCCAACAAAUGUGCUCAGACUUUCGCAGACAUCUUACACAUUCUUAAGGGCUAUCCUGUGCACAUCAGAAAUGAAGAGCACCGUGCCGAGCUUCUUCGUGACGCACGGUAUUACCAUCUAAAAGGACUCGAGCAGCGCAUCAUUCCACACUCGAUAUCGUACAAUCUUGGACGCGCCAUAUCUGAAAUUGUAAUCCCGUUGACACACAUUCGAGCAUCUGGGAUAUCAUUCGUACCAGAUAGUGCCGCUUCCACACCCUCUGCGAGUGGUGUAUCGCCCACAGGCAGUGCCACUAGCGCACCUGGACUCGGACCGGGAUGGGUGUACUAUCAGCGGCCAUACGUCGACUCCGAAGCAUACUGUCUCAUCCUUGAGAUCGGUGGCGAGGAGUCGAGUAUUCUCUCCAUUGCACCGCCUUCGGUUUCCACAUCGCCAAGACUGGCGAGAGUGACGUUUCACCGUGAGACGCUGGGUCAGAUGACAAAGCUGUUGACACUGAUAGCGAACAAGAUGAAUCUGCCUAUCACGCAGCCGCUGGGCUUGAUGAUGAUGGAGCGGGGAGCUGGUGUAGCUAGCUUGCCUGUUUCACCUGGUAAUAGUGGGUUGAGCGAGGAGCGAGUUAAGGUGAAGAUAGGCUCCGAUGCGCAUGUCGUGCUUGAUGGUCAGCCAUGGCACGGUGCGAACGAGGAGGAUGACGACGAUGAGAGUAUGGAUGUCGCUCCUGAGUCUCCUGCUUCGACUAGUAAGAGACGAAGGACUGUCGACGAGGAGGAAGAUGGAGAGGAGUGGGUCGUGAGGAAGGCGCAGUAUCGAUUACGAGUGCAGCCAGAGUCGAGAGGACCGCAGAUGGGAAGGAGUGGUAUGGAAAUUGUGCUUGGGGCUGUUAAAAUCGAGGCUAUCAGCAGCGAGAGGGGGAGGAACGAGGCCAGAGGGUUCGUGACCUAG